AUGGAGAGUAGGAAGAAAAGCACAGAGAUGGACGGAACCAACCGAGGUCGUGAAGUGGGAGGACUACCCGAACCGACAACGAAGUCCACUGCUAGAUCAGAGGCGCUGCCAUGAGUGCGGCGAGCUGGGACACCUCACGUGGAGCUGCCCCGGCCGGGAGGAAUCCAUGCCCUCCGCAUACCACAGCUCCGGGGUAACCCGGAUGGCGAGUUAUGUCACCUCCUGUUGGGCACACACCGAGACGGCCCCUCCGAUGGUUCCAGUACGAAUCAAUGACGUCGACACCAGCGCUCUGCUGAACUCCGGCAUCAUGGUGACCCUGGCCCAACCGCAGUGGCUCACACGUGAGGGGAAAGACGCCUACCCCAGAUGGUGCGAUGGACGGAGGACACAGAGGCACCCGGACCGGGAUGUGUUUUUUCCGUUGAUCGUAACUUUUCUAUUAUUUCUCUAUUUUCUUUCUCGCUGCAUUGUUGGCAAGGGCCCGUAAGUAAGCAUUUCACUGUUAGUCUAUAUCUGUUGUUUACGAAGCAUGUGACAAAUAACAUUGAAUUUGAUUUGAAAAGGUUCUAUGUUGAAUAAUGACAAUAAUAUAAUACAAUUUGAUUGUCCAUUAGUUACAGCGAACAACAGAAAGUUGUCUUCUGCUCUGUUCUCAACUCCCCCAGACAGCACACAUCCAGUUGAGACGAGCACAGGGUAAAGCUGCAGCGCUCCUGGACGGAGAGCAUGUUGUGGGGUUAAGGGCCUUGCUCAAGGGACCAACGGUAGGGGACUGUCUUGAGAAUGUGAACCCAGCAGUGCUCCAGCUGCCAGAUCAAUUCCGCCUACCUGGGAUUGGAACCUGCCAUCUUUUGGCCACAGGUCCAAGUCCUUAGCCUUUGGGCUACCUAUCACCCCAAAAAUCAUACUCAUGUUAUUUUAGAUCAUACUAAUAGUGAUGGGCUUCAAGCUAAGAAUUAUCAUUAUGUGUACACCAACCCCCCUAUUCUUCUAUGAUUCUAUUGACUCAAGUGAUUCAAGAGAGUCAAUAUAAAAGGUUCCAUGUUGAAUAUUGUAGCAACCUUAAGCCAACACCUAACGACCUCGUCAAGAGGUUCAGACCUCUUGGCGUAACGGUUAAGGUGUUGGUUUGACAGUCACUGGACCCGGAUUUGAGUCCUGGUCGGGGCUACACCUCGAAUUCGCUACAUCGAUGUCAGAAGUUGGAUGGUGGCCUUGUGGCCAGCGGAGAGGCGUGUACACAUGAGGGACUUGGUAUAGAGAAGUGUGGGGACACGCUUUCCCGAAAGAAGGGGGUAACACAUAGCGACUUUGUCAAGAGGUUUGGACCUCUUGGUGUAAUGGUUAAGGUGUUGGCUUGACAGUCAGGCUACCUCCCGAAUCCGCUACAAUAUGUAUGAAAUAAUAUAUUCGUAGUUAUUAUACUCAUAUCAUAUGCUAUAUUAUAUUUUAGUCAUUUAGCAGACACUCUUAUCCAGAGCGACCUACAGUUAGUGAGUGCAUACAUUUUCAUACUGGCCCCCCGUGGGAAACAAACCCACAACCCUGGCGUUGCAAGCGCCAUGCUCUACCAACUGAGCUAAAGGGUCUAUGCUCAUUAUUGACUAAUGUCAAACCUGAUGGCUUGUCAUGUUCUAACAGGUACAAUAUAGUGUGUUUUUACGAUGUGUUUGCCUAACAGCUGAGUCUUGCUGUCUGACCGUGUGGUGAUACAUGAGUCCUCACAUUCAUAAUGCCCUUAUUAUGUAAAUAUGAGUCUGAUUAUAUAAACAUGAGUCUCUGGGCUACAGGAUGAGUCAUAUUAUCACAGCAAUAGCAUACCUUUAUGUAUUCAACUGAUUCAGGACAGUCAAAUGAAAGGGUUCCAUGUUGAAUAAUUAGUAUGUUGAAUAGAUCAUAUUCAUCGUUUAAUAGUCAUAUCAUAUUAUAGAAUGAGUAACAUUAUUUAAGCAAAUACCCAUUACCCUUUGGCCUCAAUCUUUUGAUUCAAGUGAUUCAGAAGUGUCAAAAGUACAAGUUCCAAGUUUAAUAAUGAACAUUUGGAAUAUGUAUAUGAGAUUAUAUUCAUAGUUAUUAUAUUCAUAUCAUAGCCUAUUACUUGCUGCAAUAUUCUAUUAGUAGGCCUAGCCUAUACUCAUAUGUCCAAGUAAUGUGUUGGAAGCAAACAGGAUAAAUCAUAAUGUUGGAUUGUAUCAGUCAACUCCCAUCACCCCACAUCCUCUCCAUGAGCAACAUAAUGCAAUGUCCCUUAAUGUAAUGAGUAUGACCCAAUUAUGGUCCUAAAGGUUACUGCUGGUCACUGACUCUGGAAAGAUGUCUACGCCUAUCAAACAACAGCUAUCCAACCAUGUUGACACAAGUUGCGUAAUUUUAUACAUAAUGAGUGUGAAAUAAUGAGUGUGACUGUAAAAAAAUGUGGGGACUUUUUCUGGAUGACUUUCAGCAUUUCAGCCAGGGGUUGUAAAACGUUAAACAUCAGAUAAUCAGGCAACCAAUGAAACUCUUAGGGUAGAUGUGGCAUCAAAUGCUCCUCGACCAAUUGGAGUCUUUAAAACGACGUCUGAACAAGAAACUUAGUAGCAGGUUUAGCUAGGUAAGCGGAACCAUCACCACGAGUAGAGCUGCACAACGCGCUCUAUUGUCAACGUUCGCCCGAAGAAGCUAUCUCAUCGUUGUGCACCUUUUGAUACAUUAUAACUAUUAUCUUCAUUCUACGCGGUAAGUUAUGUAUUCGAUGCCAGUUGAUAGCAAAUUGUGUGCGUCUUUGACAGUAGCCUAUGCUAUCCUAGCAUUGCACCAGGAAAUCGAGUGCGCACUUUCACAAAGUUGCUCGAUUUCCUGGUGGGAUGAACGAUGAUGCCUGUGUUUGUCAUGUAAAUUGAAUAGCUAUCUGUCCUCUUUCCAGCAUAGAUCUAAUCUCCUCAACACUGGGCAUAUUAACUACAGAAUCCUACGGCAAAAAUGACAGCGACGGAGACGAGAAACCCCAACAAGCAGCAAAACAGAUUGCUGUGGUGGCGGAAACGUCUACGAGAGAUGAUGUUUUUGAUGAUAGUUAUAAAGCAAAAGAGGGCCCUAAACCGCCGAUGAGACUGGUGUGGAGAAACAUCAUAUUAAUGAUUUUAUUACAUACUGGAGCGUUUUAUGGACUGAUGCUCGUGCCCUCCGCUUCGACCCUAACUCUGGCUUGGAGUAAGUAUCACCAUUUACAUCGUGCCAUUUUAUUCGCCUUUUCUUUAUGCGUUGAUCAGUUUUUACGCCCUUGUUAAAGUUGUUUGUCUACGCAGCAUAGUUUCUGGUCGACAUUAGAAAACAUAAUGUGCUGAAGCUGGGUGAUGCAUUUGUGAAGAAGGCGCUUGUUGUCGACAUGAUGCUUGCCCCCUCUAAGAAUAGUGUUGAAUGUUCAAUCUAUUUCGGGGCACACCCCCACUCAAUAUUUUUUCCAUGGAAAUAACAAACAAUAUAACGGAAUAUGUUGCCUAACAGUUAACUACACCACGGUUUCCCAACAUCUGUACACGUUUUUGCUCUAGCAUUACACAGCUGAUUCAAAUAAUCAAAGCUUGAUGAGUUGGUUAUUUGAAUAAGCUGUGUAGCGCUAGGGCAAAAACUAAAACGUGCACCCGAGGGGGGGCCUAGGACCGAGUUUGGGAAACCCUGAGCUACACCAUUAUCACCUGAUCAUCACACCAUAUAUGCACCUAUCAAAUGAAGCGCUCAUAGGCAGGCUACUGUUGUGCAGAGAGAACGAGACGUUUUGGAAUGUGUGGCCUGAGGUAGCCCAAAGGCCGGCAGAUGGCGAUAUUGAGUCUUUUUUGUCUUACCGUCCAAGCGCAUUGAAUGCAGCCGGCAACUGGUGUGCAGCUGCAGCCAACAAUUCAGAGCUUUCCUGCACCACAUUGGUUCCUGCAUGAAUUGCUGGCUGCAGAUGCACCCUUCUUGCCGGCAAUACAUCCGUGUCCCUCGUUGACCGGUUCGUACCUAAAACAUUGUCCAGUCAGGCUGCAUAGGCUUCGAUUUCCUUAACUUUAUUGAUGUUGUGUAUUGCAUUCAGCCAAUCGGGUUUCAGCAGGCUGUUUUUUUCAUUCCUAACUGAAUGCAGCAGGCGUAAAAGAAACAGAACCCCUUGUCUCAGUUUAAACCUGAUUGGCUGAAGGUGAUACACAACAUCCGGGAUGAGCAUGUAGCCACUAGCGUGGUUACAAAUUGUGUUUCAUAAGGAAAGUACACAUAUUUUCCCACAAAUAUAUUGCCAGGUGCAUACAAUGCGUUUGGACGGUAAGAUGAAAAAGACUCAAUAUCACCAUCUGCUGGCCUUUGGGCUAGACUUGAGGCACCUUUGUUCACAAUAUGUUUCUUAAUCAGAAAUAGCUACAUCUGUGUUCACUUGUUUAGACAUAGACAAAAUGUGCAGAUUUUAAGAAUGUUGUUGUUGUGAGAACAGGUAGUUGGACAGAUGAAGCAUGACUUGGAUUAUACCGAACGACCCAAACUUUGUCCCCCCCUCCUGUCUGUGUGUGCAAUGCUGAACUGCAUGUUAUUCCACUGGGCGAGACGACAAAGAACAAUUGCCAUUCCAAUAGACAUUCCAUUGUGAGAGGCUGCAUGGCACCAAAACAGAAUGUCUCUUUGCUGCCUGGGCUGUUUGGAGGCCCCAAGUUCUCACUUCCUAAGCAGCCUUCUCUGGCUGCACAUAGAAACACAUAAAACAAUUUUACAACAACAACCCUGCGAGUAGAGUAUAUAUGCAUACCUACUCCCACUGCCAGCUCCCAACAGAAAUAACUCAUGACAGCAACAAGGCAGGGAUGGAGAAUGGGCAUGGGACAUGAUGUCCCCUGUAUCUACUGGGAGUCAAAUCUAUGUGAGUGUAUGCCAUACAUGGAUGUCUGUUUAUCUCUCUUGCUCUCCCUCCCCUAGCUGUUGUGUGCUUCUUGCUCAGUGCCCUGGGUAUAACUGCAGGGGCUCACCGCCUCUGGAGUCACAAGUCCUACAAGGCCUCCACCCCUCUCCGAGUCUUCCUGGCCCUUGCCAACUCAAUGGCCUUCCAGGUAAACAAACUAAAUAUCUGAAUUUAAUAAACUUUAUUGAACUCUAGAGAGGAAAUUGUAUUUGUAACCAGCAUAGGAUACAUAGUGGGUAUCACAAGUAUUCACCCCUCUUGGAUUUUUUUCAUUUUUUUUUUUUAAAGUUUAUUUUUGUUGUCAUUGAUCUACACAAAAUACUCCAUAAUGUCAAAGUGAAAAAAUUAAAUAACAUAAAAUAUGCAGUCGUCCUUCUGAACUGAGCUACAGGACAGGAAGGAAACUGCUCAGGGAUAUCACCAUGAGGCCAUUGGUGAUUUUUUAAAUGACUGUGAUGGGAGAACUGAGGAUGGAUCAACAACAUUGUAGUGACUACAAUAAUGACAUAAAUGACAGUGAAAAGAAUAGAUAUACAGAAUAAAAAUAUUAAAACGUGCAUCCGGUAUGCAACAAGGCAAUAAAGAAAACAAAAAAAAAACAACAGCAAAGGAAUACAUUUUUUGGCUUAUAUGCAUAGCCUUAUAUUUGGGGCCUCAUGUUAUGGGUAUGCUUGACAUCAGCAAAGACGGGAGUUAUUCAGGAUUUAAAAAAAAAUACGGGAUGGAACUUAGCACAGGCAAAAUGCUAGAGGAAAGCCUGCUUUGGUCUACUUUUCACCAGACCCUGGGAGAGGACUUUACCUUUCAGCAGGACAAUAACCUACAAAAAAAGGCCAAAUCUACAAUGCAGUUGCUUACCAAGAAGACGGAAUGUUCCUAUGUGGCCAAGUUACAGUUUUGACUCAUCUGCUUGAAAAUCUAUGGCAAGACUUGAAAAUUGCUGUCCAGCCAUGAUACCCAACACCUCGACAGAGCUUGAAGUAAUUUGAAAAGAUUAAUGAACGAAUAUUGCACAAUCCAGGUGUGCAAAACUCUGAGACUUACCUAAGACUCACAGCUGUAAUUGCUACCGAAGGUGUUUCUAACAUGUAUUGACUCAGAUGGGUGAAUAGCUAUCUAAUCAAGGUAUAUUAGUGUUUUCAUGAAUCAUAAAACAUUUUUAGAAUUUUUCUUCCAGUUUGACAGAGUAUUUUGUGUAGAGAUUUGACAAUGACAAUUUAAAUCCAUUUGAAUCCCACUUUCUAACACAAUACAAUGUGAGGAAAUCCAAUUGGGUGGAUACUUAUGAUAUGCACUGUACAGGGAUUAAAACAGACAGAGGAAAACACACAGCAUAAACAUGGAAGGCUAAAUGUAUGUGAACACCAACAUGGCUCUUCCAAAAGACCAAGGCUCUCUUUCUAGAGUGAUUCAGUUUAAAAGGCCUUUAUUGUGUUGGCGUGUCCGCGAGGGAAGAGUUAGAAACAGCAAGAUCGAGAGCUAGCAGAGACUACCGCCAAGAGCCAACGAUUUAGUGGCUUUAUAGCCAGCCUUCAUCAAAAACAUUAACACAAGAAUAAUUAUCCAAAUUUGGUAGAAAAUGCCCUGCUGAAAUAGACCCACUUUUAUUUCCUAUAAAUGCACCCCAAAAUAAUGUAUUAAGUGAUUUUUAUCAUGCGUCUCUAUGACCUCCUUUAUAAACUGAUGACUUGAUUAAAGAAGUGGCUGAUGCAAUCAGGUUAAGGGUUCAGUCAUAAUACAGGUCUACCCAAGUCCCCACCAGUCACAACAGCAUUAAUGAGUGACCCAACUGUGUGUGUGUGUACAUAUGACCAAAAGUCAAAGCUUGUCGACCAUCUCAUUCCAAAGUCAUGGGUAUUAAUAUGGAGUUGGUCCCCCCUUUGCUGCUAGAACAGCCUCCACUCUUCUGGGAAGGCUUUUCACUAGAUGUUGGAACAUUGCUGCGGGGACUUGCUUCCAUUCAGCUUCAAGCAUUAGUGCGGUCGGGCACUGGUGUUGGGCGAUUAGGCCUGGCUCACAGUCGGCAUUCCAAUUCAUCCCAAAGGUGUUCGAUGGGCUUGAGGUCAGGGCUCUGUGCAGGCCAGUCUAGUUCUUCCACACCGAUCUCAACAAACCAUUUCUGUAUGGACCUCACUUUUGUGCACGAGGGCAUUGUCAUGCUGAAACAGGAAAGGGCCUUCUCCAAACUGUUGCCACAAUUGGGCGCACAGAAUCGUCUAGAAUGUAAUUGUAUGCUGUAGCGUUGAUUUCCCUUCACUGGAACUAAGGGGCCUAGCCCGAACCAUGGAAAAACCGCCCCAGACCAUUAUUCCUCCUCCACCACCAAACUUCACAGUUGGCACUAUGCAUUCGGCCAGGUAGCGUUCUCCUGGCAUCCGCCAAACCCACAUUUGUCCGUCGGACUGCCAGAUGGUGAAACAUAAUUCAUCACUCCAGAGAAUGCGUUUCCAGAGUCUAAUGGCAAUGAGCUUUACAACCACUCCAGCUGACGCUUGGCAUUGCGCAUGGUGACCUUAGGCUUGUGUGCAGCUGCUAGACCAUGGAAACCCAUUUCAUGAAGCUCCCGACAAACAGUUAUUGUGCUGACGUUGCUUCCACAGGCAGUUUGGAACGCGGUAGUGAAUGUUGCAACUGAGGACAGGCCAUUUUUAUGCGCCACACGCUUCAGCACCCGGUGGUCCCAUUCUGUGAGCUUGUGUGGCCUACCAGUUUGUUGCUAGACGUUUCCACUUAAAAAUAAAAGCACUUAGACUUGACCGGGGCAGCUCUAGCAGGACAGGAAUUUGACGAACUGACUUGUUGGAAAGGUGGUAUCCUAUGACGGUGCCACGUUGAAAGUCACUGAGCUCUUCAGUACGGGCCAUUAUACUGCCAAUGUUUGUCUAUGGAGAUUGCAAGGCUGUGUGCUCAAUUUUAUACACCUGUCAGCAACGGCUGUCUGAAAAAGCCGAAACCCACUAAUUUUGAAGGGGUGUCCACAUAUUAUUUAGACAGUGAAGCGAAAAUGUUUACAUUUGGCUCUAUACUCCAGUAUUUUGGAUUUGCGCUAAACAUUUUCAUAUUGGGACAAAUGUAAUUAGUGUAUUAAAGUAGUCAAGUUUAGUAUUUGGUCCCUUAUUCCUAUGACUCAGUAACUACAUAGAGCUUGUGAUUUGAAAUCUGUUGGCUGCAUUUUGACUUUGGUUUGUGUUUCGGGUGAUGUUUUCCCCAAUAGGAACUGAAUGGUAAAUAAUGUAUUGUAAUUUGAGUAACUUUUUAUUGUUAAUAAGAAUAUAUGUUUUGGAACACUUACAUUAAUGUGGAUGCUACCAUGAUUCGAAAUAAUCAUGUAUGAAUCGUGAAAAAUGAUGCGUGAGAAAGUUGGAGGCUCAAAGAUCACACCCCCCAAAAAAUCUAACCUCCCAUGUUAUUGGUAAUGGUGACAGGGUACAAUUUUCAUGAUUUAUUAAUGAAUGAUUAUCCGUAAUGAUGGUAGUAUCCACAUUAAUGUAGAAGUGUUCAGAAACCUCUUCUUAAUACGUUAUAGGUGAAUUUGUCAAUACUUAUGACUUCUUCAAAUGGGGGGAACUAGAUGCAUGAAGUGCUUUCAUUUCUAAACUGUCGCCUCAUAUGAAACAUUUUAAUCAAAUUCCGGAGUAUAGAUCCAAAUGUAAACAUUUUAGCUUCACACUCCCCUCCGUAUUUAUCUAGACAGUAUGAUUUUGUUUUGACCAAUUAUUGAUUACACUUAAUCUGAGUGCUGUUGCCUGUAUAAUCUGUGCUGACUGAUGCUUCCCUGCUAAUCUGAUGGUCACCUCUUAAUUUAAUACGCAUUGUAGAGAGGGGGAGAGCUCUCUAGUCUACUGUGUUUAAACCCUCGCUCUAGUGUUGUGCCCAUACCUAUUCAUAUUAGUGUGUUCUGAAAUCUCAAUUGGUUGUACAAUUUUAAAGCAUAGAGAUGGAGGCAAAUGCAUGGUUUUCCUUUUUAGGGCCAUAUAUCAAGCAUCUCUGAGUAAGAAUGCCGAUACAGGGAGAACCUGAUCCUAGAGACUCAUUUUAUUGUAAUCUAAAAGGCAAAACUGAUCCUAAAUCAGCACGUCUACCCUGAGACACUUGAUGCAUAUUGCCCCAGAUUCCCACACUAUGGGUCACGUGUACUACUGUAUAGAGCUCAGACGAUAAACAGAAAAUUGUCACCAACCAUACCGCUCAGUUAUAGCAGGCAUUUUUCUGAUAUCAUUCAUUAGGAUAAGUAGCCUAUACUAGAGAAAUGAAUUAAGUUUGCUAAUAUGGAUGAUUUGUGAAUGGGACAAUUUGAUGGCUACAGCCAUCAAAGUAGUAGUUUAAAAAAAUAAACUGGUGCACAUUGUUAAACUUAUUGUUAUCGCAUCAAUUCAGGCAAUUUAUCGCAAUAUGGAUAUCACCCAGCUCUACUACUGUACAUGUUGCUGUUAUCAGUGUUAGAUAAAAGUGCCUCCUUAACAACCACAUCACUUCUAUUAUUUCCUCCAGAACGACAUUUACGAGUGGGCGAGGGACCACCGGGUUCACCACAAGUACUCCGAGACGGACGCAGACCCCCACAAUGCACUGCGGGGCUUCUUCUUCGCUCACAUUGGCUGGCUGCUCGUCCGCAAAAACCCUGAAGUGAUCGAGAAGGGCAAGAAGCUGGAGCUGACAGACCUGAAGGCAGAUAAAGUAGUCAUGUUCCAGAGAAAGUAAGUAGAGAACUGUUUUAGUCUAUGUCCUGCAUAGUCCUUCAUAUCUAAUAUCUUCUCCUAUAUGCCAUUUAGCAGACAGUUUUAUCUAAAGUGGCUCAUAGAGCAUGUAUACAUUUUUGGAUGGGUGGCCCCAGCAUAAACAGAACCCACGAUCUUGGCUUGCAAGCCCCAUGCUCUAACAACUGAGCCACACAAGACUGUUUUCGUAUGUUGUCUGUUGGUAUAUGGUAAAGAGUUUCUUACCUACAACAGUAGCAGUCAUUAGUGGGGUGACUUGUCUUUCCUUUCCUGGUAGUAUUUUUAAAGGUUGGCCCUGACAAGGGCCCUGGCAGUGCCCUCACUCUGAAUCAUGCAGUGUUGUACAGUUAACUGCCAAAAUAAAGGAAACGCCAACGUGAAGUGUCUUAACAGGGCGUUGGGCCACCACAAGGUGCCAGAACAGUUUCAAUGCGCCUUGGCAUAGAUUCUACAAGUGUCUGGAAUUCUAUUGGAGGGACGUGACAAUUCUUCCACAAGAAAUUCCAUAAUUUGGUGUUUUGUUGAUGGUGGUGGAAAACACUGUCUCAGGCGCAGCUCCAGAAUCUCCCAUAAGUGUUCAAUUGGGUUGAUCGGGUGUCUGAGACACACCCUUUAAACCUCCUAUACUCCUUUGAGGCCCCUUUUUCAACGUCACUGAGAUCUCUUCUAGCCAUGGUAGGCAAAAUAAUGGGCAACUGAGCAUUUUUAUACAUGACCCUAAAUCAAUUUUAGAAAUUGUCACAUGCGCUGAAUACAACGGGUGUAGACUUUACUGUGAAAUGCUAGCCUACUUUUGGCCAGCUAAUAGCCUUACCACCGAUCAAGCAACAUUAUGGACUAAAUUAUCAAAUCCAGUUGCUUCAGGAUUAUUUUGCUGUGACAAUAUAGAUCAAAUUAAGAUCCUACAUCUAUAGGUCGCGGUGGCCAUGAUGGCACGGCCUGGCUGGUCGCUGAUCUAUUGAUAAGAGCUGCCAUCUCUGUCAAGGCCUCGAUCGGGCCAUAGCCACACAAAGUACAGUGACUGGUGGCUGGCUGGCCAUUUAGCAGUGGGUACUCUUGGACGUAGUCCCAAACUAGUAUCACCACAGCUCUUUUAGAAAUGUUGUUUUUGUUCAUUUUUAUUAAUUUUUUUACAUUUGGUUGAAGACUAAAUCAACUGAUUUUAGAAGAUCUGGUCAACUUGUAUUUUAUUUAAUUUUUUUGGGACUGAACUAGGUGUGACUUUUCCCGGUUUAGCAACUCUGUUUUAUGAAUCUAGGUGCUUGGGGUGGUGGUGUUGACUUCCCAGCUUUAGCAACUUAAUUUUCAUUUAGAUUCAUCAUAACAGAAUGUUUCCAGUUCUACUUAAAAGCUCUUGAGUAACACAGCUACUUAUUUAUGUUUGAUGCAUAUCAAUUCCAGUACUAAUCUCACCCACCCACCCCAAAAAUGAAUGGUGGAGCGCAAUAGAUUCACUUUGUAUUUGAUACACAAACACCAAACAAUGUCUCCUUUCUCAGUAUCUCUUCCGUCUCCUCCUCUCUUCCCUCUCUGUCCCCUCUAGGUACUACAAGCUGUCUGUGGUCCUGCUGUGUUUCCUGGUGCCCAUGUGGGUGCCCUGGUACCUGUGGGGUGAGUCCCUGUGGGUGGGCUACUUCAUCCCGGGCCUCAUGCGGUACACCCUGGUGCUGAACGCUACCUGGCUGGUCAACUCUGCAGCUCACAUGUGGGGCAACCGACCCUACGACCAUAACAUCAACCCCAGUGAGAACCGUUUCGUGGCCUUUAGUGCCAUCGGUAAGGACCGGACCAUCUUUUCUAUUUUUCUAAGGGGGGGGAGAGAUUUUUCUCUGGAGCACUACUUUUGGCCAGAGCCUUGCACUGCUGUUGGCCAUUUUGGACAAAGCCAAUAUGCCAUUUCGUGUCCAACCUCCACCACACUGGUACCGUAGCCUUCCCAAAGCAGCUGAUGCAGCCUGGCAUGGUGUAGUGAGGCGGAACUAGCUAAUCCAGUGGCCUGUGUUGACUUUGUGAAGGAUAUCCUGCUGUUUGUGUGAAAUCAGAGCUUCUGUCCGACUGACUACAUGUUCUACUCUAACCUCGCGUCUGGAUAGCUGCCUGUUUGUCAGCUGUGAAAAUAAUUUUUGUUGAAUAGCUUAAAACGAGUGGGACUUGUAAUUGUUAGUCAUUUAGCAGACUCUUAUCCAGAGUGACUUACAGUAGUAAGUGCAUACAGUUAAGUGUUUUUUUCAUACUUUUUUUUUUACCGUUGGAGAGAUGUUGUCUAUCAACCUACACUGAACAAAUAUAUAAUGCAAAGUGUUGGUUUCAUGAGUUGAAAUAAAAGAUCCCAGAAAUUUUAGAUAAGCACAAAAAGCUUAUUUCUCUCAUUCUGUGCACAAAUUAGUUUACAUCCCUGUUAGUGAGCAUUUCUCCUUUGACAAGAUAAUCCAUCUACCUGACAGGUGUGGCAUGUCAACAAGCUGAUUAAACAGCAUGAUAAUUACACAGGUGCACCUAGUACUGGGGACAAUAAAAGGCCACUCUAAAAUGUGAAGUUUUGUCACACAACAUGUCUCAAGUUGUCUAGCAUGCAAUUGGCAUGCUGACUGCAAGAAUGUCCACCAGAGCUGUUGCCAGAGAAUUGAAUGUUCUUUUCUCUACCAUAAGCCACCUCCAAUGUAAUUUUAGAGAAUUUGGCAGUACGUCCAACCGAACUCACAACCGCAGACCAUGUGCAUGGCGUCGUGUGGGCGAGCAGUUUGCUGAUGUCAACGUUGUGAACAGAGUGCCCAAGGUUGGGGUAUGGGCAGGCAUAAGCUACAGACAACUAACACAAUUGUAUUUUAUCAAUGGCAAUUUGACGAGAUCCUGAGGGCCAUUAAAAAAAAAAAAAAUUUAAGGUAUCUGUGACCAACAGGUGCAUAUCUGUAUUCCCAGUCGUGAAAUCCAUAGAUUAGGGCCUAAUUAACUUUUUUCAAUUUACUGAUUUCCUUAUGAACUGUAACUCAGUAAAAUCUUUGAAAUUGUUGCAUUUUAUAUUUUUGUUCAAUCUAUAUACAAAUAUAUCUCAGUUACUUGCAACUCUUGACUUAGAGGACUGCUGUAUUUUGUGCAGGUUUUUGAAUUGGAGACCAUAAUUCACUUAGUUGAAUCAUGUAUUUGAAUGCUUGACUAGAAUGGAAGGUUGCACACAGCAGCCUUCCAGGACUCAAGUUAUCCAUCCCUGUUGUGGCACUUUUCAGACUCCAAGUGCUUUAGUUUACAUAUCACCUGUAUGGUUAUCAGAUUGUUUUGAAUCCUAUUGGAAAAAGUGUAACUUGCAUAGAUGCACACCUAUAGUAUUACCAGGUCCAUGGAGUAAAGGGAGGGAGGGGGCUCCAGCACACUGUUCGUUUAUUUUUAUUUUUCUUCAACCCAGACUUUGCUGUCCCCACAUCACCUGUGCAUGGCUAUCGGUCUAUUUACAUUUACAUUUUAGUCAUUUAGCAGACGCUCUUAUCCAGAGCGACUUACUUAUAGUAAGUCUAUGGUUUUAACCUGACUUUCCUGUCCCCUUGUAUCCUUCCUUCCAGGCGAGGGCUUCCACAACUACCACCACACCUUCCCCUUCGACUACGCCACCAGUGAGUUCGGCAUUAAAAUGAACAUCACCACCGCCUUCAUAGACCUCAUGUGUUUCCUGGGUCUGGCCAAGGACUGCAAGAGGGUGUCCCGCGACCUUGUCUCAGCCCGCGCCCAGCGAACAGGUGACGGCAGCCACAAGACUGGCUGAGUAAUGUUGUCUCAACCAUCUCAAACCGUUACGGACUCGAUGCGACUGAUACCAGAUACGAUAACAGGCUAAACCAAUGAAAGAAUGUAGCUGUAGUAAAUUGCAGUAUUGAUGAUGGAGUUAGUAGUGCUGCAGUUAGUAGUGAUCAGACCAUGGUCCAUUGAUGUCUCUGCUUCUGUAUUAUGAGUUAAAAACCUAUACUUGAGUUCCUCCGAUUAAUAUUGGCUUUAAAACGGUCCUAGACCUUUCAGUAAAGUGUUUAUAUUUUAUUUUCUGUUUUUGAAAUGAAUGAUGCGUGAGGUGAGUAUUAGCCAAAGUGAUCUAAUGGCUUGGCUAAGCUAGGCAUGUUAGCACAGAUUUAAAGAGUCUAAGUCACUUGAUCGGUGGAUAAACCUGAAGCGGCGAUGGAUGCCGUAAUGCGUGAAACUAUUACACCAACCAAACUACCUGCCUGUGCCAUCUGCACCAACAAUGAAGAUGGGAGAACAUUAACCUCUAAUUUAUUCAUGAGCUAUUAUUAAUUAACCCUCUGUGGCACUUUUGAAAUUGUGAGAAAAAAAAAAAGUUGGAGGUUUCUUCACAUUUAGUCUAAGUAGGUGAAAUUUGUUUUGAUCAUUUCGAUUUGAAUUCGGGCUGAAUUGGAUCUAUAUGUCGGGAUCAAUCUUUCUAUCAGUCGCGCUUUGUUGACAUUCAUUCCAUAAGCGUGGGAGAAGUCCAACUUUUGUCAAAAGUUUACAUUUACGUUUAAGAUUAAAUUUAAGUUUUAUAUUUAAGAUUAUUUGUUUUAUUUUAUUAAGCCACCCUACUUCAGUCUUAUUUUACUAUAAGCUGCUGUGUUGAAACAGCCCUACUUACUUCUAAGUCAACAUACUGUUGAGCUGUCAUUAUAUACCAGACCAUAUUCGAAAUAGGCUGGCGUAGAAGUGCAGUUAUGUGGCAGUGUUACAUAUUAAUGCACCAGUUGUCUCCUCCUGUCCAAGUUGCUCUUCACAGGAGAUUAUUUCCUCCUUGUAGAAGAGGAUGAAGGUAUCAGAUCUCAAAUUGCACCCUAUUCCCUAUAUAGUGCACUACUUUUGACCAGGGCCCA